AUGCCGGACAUCGCGGUCGGCUCGCAGGUAUUCGAUGUCGCCUUUCACCCCGCGGAAUCUAUCCUCUAUACCGGCCUGCUGAACGGCGAAGUCAACGCCUACCGCUACGACGAACAAGGGCAGAACGAACAUGUUUUCACGGUCAAACCGUCGAAGAAGUCCUGCCGAGCUCUGGAAACUGACGCUGACGGGAGCCGUCUGUGGGCUGCAGGAAAGGGGAAAGGAAUAUAUACUAUCGAUACUUCCACCCAUAAAGUGAUCGAGAGCCGCAAAAACGCGCAUGAAGCACCAAUAAAUCGGAUAAAGCGGCUCCUGCCCUAUAUGCUUGCUUCCGGGGAUGACGAUGGCGUCAUUAAACUGUGGGACCCUCGGAAACCUGACGCCAUCAGAGCAUAUACCCAGCAUUUCGACUUUAUCUCGGACUUCCUGUGGCUAGAAGACAAGAAGCAUCUUGUGGCUUCCAGUGGAGAUGGGACGCUAUCCGUUAUGGACGUCCGUGCAAACAAGACGGAGCCAUUUGCACACUCAGAGGACCAAGAAGAUGAGCUGCUCUCCAUCGUCACCAUCAAAGACAACCAAAAGGUAGUCGUGGGCACGCAACUAGGCAUGCUCUCCAUCUUCAACCGCAAAAGCGGGUGGGGCGACUGCGUCGACCGCGUCCCGGGCCACCCCUCCUCCAUCGACGCUCUCUGCAGUCUCCCCUCCGCCUACCCCUCCGCGCACUCCACGAUCCUCACUGGCUCCUCGGACGGGCUCGUCCGCGCCGUGCAGCUCUUCCCGACGAAGCUGCUCGGCGUCGUCGCCGACCACGGCGAGUUCCCGGUCGAGCGCAUCAAGGUGGAUAGAGCCGGGCAGGGACGCUGGGUCGCGAGCGCGGGCCACGAGGAGAUGGUUAAGCUCACGGAUUUGAAGGAGAUUUUCGAGGAUGAGGAUGGCGAAGGAGCGGAGGGGCAGGAGGAGGAGCAGGAGGGCGAGGCGUUCGGCGCAGAAGAGGAGAACGAGUCGGACGAGGAGACGGAGGCGCCCCAGGUGGCCGAGGUCGAAGAGAAGGAGCGAGAGACGCGGUCGAGCGAUGAGGAAGGCGAGGACUCGGACGCUCCGCGCGAGAGGAAGCGGAAGAGGAAGAAGGAAAAGGAUCCCCUGGCGGCUGGGAGGCGUAAGAAGGGCAAGAACGAGGUCGUCGCCGAGCCUUCCUUCUUCGCCGAUCUGUGAUGAGUCCCUUGUAUCCCUCUGCACUGCUACUAUACAAAAUGAAAAGCAUACAGCGAUACACCGUCCUUCUACAUGUCUCUAAGAAAUUCACGAGCUAAUCCACGUGCGACCGGGACACAUCUCGA